AUGGCGUCCAAUGAGAAUGUUCCCGUUCGCGAGUUUUGCGCAAAUGGAAGCUGCAUGAACGCAAAGGAAGUUGAGGCUAUGCUUGAUGAAGGAAAGAUUCAAGACGCUGAAACUGCAUUGCGUGAUGGUUUAUCUCUUAAUUCUGAGGAAGCGAGAGCUCUACUCGGAAAAUUUGAGUAUCAAAGAGGUAAUUUUGAGGGUGCUCUUCUUGUGUUUGAUGGGAUCGAUCUUAGAGAAGCCAUACAGCAACUGCAAACUUCCGUUUCGGAGAAGCCACCCGUCAAGAAAGGUCCCGCUCGCGCCGAAUCACCUUCUUCGGAAUCUCAGCAUGCUGCUAGUAUGGUGCUUGAAGCCAUCUACUUAAAAGCCAAGUCUCUCCAAAAACAAGGGAAAUUUAAUGACGCUGCUAAUGAAUGCAAGCAAGUUCUAGAUGCUGUUGAAAAGAUAUUUGGUCAGGGUAUACCUGAUACUCAAGUGGACAAUAGAUUGCAGGAGAUUGUAAGCUGUGCAGUGGAGCUUCUUCCAGAGCUUUGGAAACAAGCCGGUUGCUAUAACGAGGCAAUAACUGCUUACAGGCACGCCCUUCUCAGUCAAUGGAACCUUGAUAAUGAUUGCUGUGCGAGAAUUCAGAAAGCAUUUGCGGUAUUUUUGCUUUACAGCGGGGUGGAGGCGAGUCCGCCUAGUUUUUCGGUUCAGAUUGAAGGGUCUUAUGUGCCGAAAAAUAAUCUGGAAGAGGCGAUUCUUCUUAUUAUGAUUCUUUUAAGAAAGUUUAGCCUAGGCAAGAUAAAAUGGGAUCCUUCAAUUAUGGAACAUUUAACUUUUGCACUUUCGGCAUGUGGCGAAACAUCUAUUUUGGCGAAACAGUUUGAAGAUUUGAUUCCUGGUGUAUAUCAUCGUAUUGACCGUUGGAACUCUUUAGCUCUAUGUCUUAGCGCGGAUGGACAAAAUAAAAGUGCUUUGAAUUUGCUAAGGAAGUCUUUGCAUAAACAUGAGCGACCGAACGAUGUUAUAUCGUUAUUAUUGGCUUCAAGGAUUUGCAGUGAGGAUCCUCAUCUUGCUGCUGAGGGAGCAGCGUAUGCACAGAGGGCAAUCGAUAAAGCUCAGGGCUUAAACAAGCAUCUAAAAGGCGUUGGUCUUCGGAUGCUUGGACUUUGCCUUGGAAAGCAAGCUAAGGUUGCUUCCUCUGAUUCCGAGAGGUCUAUGCUUCAGUCAAAAGCUUUGCAAUCAUUAGAGGAGGCACUUAGAUUAGAGCAAAACAAUUUCGACCUAAUCUUCGAAUUGGCUAUUCAAUAUGCCGUGCACCGAAACUUGGCUGUUGCUUUACGUUACGCCAAGCAGUUCUUCGAUAAAACUGGUGGCUCCAAAUUGAAAGGUUGGAGAUUACUUUCUCUGGUUUUGUCUGCACAGAAAAGAUUUUCAGAGGCUGAAAUGGUGACUGAUGCUGCUAUAGACGAGACCACAAAAUGGGAGCAAGGGCCUCUGUUCAGGAUAAAAGCCAAGCUCAAGAUCGCCGAACUACGACCAAUGGAUGCUAUUGAGAUUUACCGGUACCUUCUCUCAUUGGUUCAAGCCCAGAAGAAAUCCGCUGGAGCUCAAAAACUUGGUUCACAAGAUGCAGAAGAUCAAAUAAACGAGUUUGAUGUUUGGCACGGUCUAGCAAAUUUAUAUGCAAGCCUUUCACAUUGGAAGGAUGCUGAUAUCUGUUUGCAAAAGGCUGGAGAGUUGAAGCAAUAUUCUGCCGCAACAAUACAAACCGAAGGUGUCGUGUUUGACGGUCGUGGACAAACCAAAGAAGCUCUUGCGGCUGCUGCUAAUGCUGUCCAAAUUGAACCAAACCAUGUUCCAAGCAAGAUCUUGAUGGCUUCUUUGAUGCUUAAAAAUGGUUCCGAAGCAUUUCCUGUUUGUAGGAGCUUACUUUCCGAUGCACUUAGAAUAGAACCAACUAACCGUAAUGCUUGGUAUAACCUCGGAUUAACUCACAGGAGUGGUGGUCGAAUAGGUGAUGCUGCUGACUGCUUCCAGGCAGCUACAAUGCUUGAAGAAUCUGAUCCCAUUGAAAGCUUUAGCUCUAUGCUUUGA